UGGAUCUUCCAUGUUCCAUAGACACCUUUUCCUUCAGCUCCUUGGAUAGACAGGUUUAUUCCUUCAAGUUGACCUGGGGUGACAGCUCCUGGAUGAGAUGUUGGUUGCUGCUUUCCUCACCUUGUUUUUGGUGACUUGUCAACCUGCGGUGACUGCACAGGAGAAGGUGAACCAGAGAGUAAGUCGGGCCACGACCCCCAGAGCCGUUGACUGCCAGCUAAGCAGCUGGUCAGAGUGGACAGACUGCUUUCCAUGCCAGGACACAAAGUACCGACAUCGGAGCCUCUUGCAGCCUAACAAGUUUGGGGGAACCAUCUGCAGUGGUGAUAUCUGGGAUCGAGCCAGCUGUUACAGUCCCACAGCUUGUCUAAGGCCAGCACAGUGUGGACAGGAUUUCCAGUGUAAGGAGACAGGUCGCUGCUUGAAACGCCACCUUGUAUGCAAUGGAGAGAAUGAUUGUCUGGAUGGCUCUGAUGAGGACAACUGUGAGGAUGUCAGGACCAUUGAAAACGACUGCGCACAGUACGACCCAAUUCCAGGCUCAGAGAAGGCAGCCUUGGGGUACAAUAUCCUGACCCAGGAAGAGGCACAGAGUGUGUACGAUGCCAGGUACUACGGGGGCCAGUGUGAGACCGUGUACAACGGGGAGUGGCGGCAGCUUCGCUAUGACCCGGUCUGUGAGCGUCUGCACCACGGAGAGGAUGACAAGUAUUUUCGGAAACCCUACAACUUCCUGAAGUACCACUUCGAAGCGCGGGCAGACACUGGCAUCUCCUCUGAGUUGUAUGCGGAUGGAAAUGACCUUUUUUCCAAAGUGAAAAAUGACAGGUCUCAUUCUGCUGGAGCAACCAUUAGCGUGGGCCCGACGGGCAGUCCCGUAUCAGGCACUGUGGGCGUAUCCGGGUCGGAAGAUGCUUCGUUCUUGAAUAAGUUAAGCCAGUAUAAUGAGAAGAAAUACAACUUCAUGCGAAUUUUCACGAAGGUACAGACUGCCCAUUUUAAGAUGAGGAGGGACGAUAUUGUACUGGAUGAGGGAAUGCUGCAGGCAUUAGUGGAGCUUCCAGAGCAAUACAACUAUGGCAUGUAUUCCAAAUUCAUCAAUGACUACGGCACCCACUACAUCACAUCUGGAUCCAUGGGUGGCACUUAUGAAUACAUCCUGGUGCUGAACACAGAAAAAAUGGAAUCUCUUGGUGUUACCAGUGAAGACAUCAGUACAUGUUUUGGCGGCUUUGGUGGGAUUCAGUAUGAAAAGGGGAGCAUAAAUACUGAAGGAAUUUUAUCAGGAAAACAUUGUAAAAAAUCUGGAUCUGGUGACAAAGAAGAAAACAAGAUGGGCCAAGCCGUGAAGGACAUCAUUUCCCGGGUGCGAGGCGGCAGUUCUGGCUGGGGCGGAGGCUUGUCACAAAACGGGAGCACCAUUGCAUACCGCUUCUGGGGGAGGUCAUUAAAGUACAAUCCUGUUGUUAUCGAUUUCGAGAUGCAGCCCAUCCACGAAGUGCUGCUGCACACCAACCUGGGCCACAUGGAGGCCAAGCGCCAGAACCUGCGCAGGGCCUUAGACCAGUACCUGAUGGAAUUCAAUGCCUGCCGCUGCGGGCCCUGCUUCAACAAUGGCAAGCCCAUCCUUGAGGGCACCAGCUGCAGGUGUCAGUGCAGCCUGGGGCGCCAGGGCCCCGCCUGCGAGCAAAUGGAGCAACAGGGAGCCAAAGCAGAUGGCCACUGGAGUUGCUGGGGCUCUUGGUCUGCGUGCACAGCAGGUACCCGGGAAAGGAGGAGAGAGUGCAACAACCCUGCACCCCAGAAUGAAGGCGCCCCAUGUCCAGGGUGGAGAGUACAGACACAGGCUUGCUGAGGCCUCAGAGCCCAGGAUGGGCUGGAUGCCGUGGGGCCCAUCCACACAAGCUAUUGGAUAAAGACCUCUUUUAGCCGUGAGAAAAUGCAAAUCAAUCUACGCUCUUUUCUUUGUCCAUUCACGGCAUCACUGGCUUUUUCUAGCAUGGACAUCAACACUCUGCCUUCCCCUACCCAGUCCCAGAGCUGCUUCCACGUGUGGGAUGCUCCUUAGAGCAGCUCCUCUGCUUCUCCAUUCCAGUUUCUGUCUUAGUCUGCACAGGCUGCUGUAGCAAUAAACUGGCUGGCUUACAAACAACA